UGUUUGACAUUUCACCAUCGGCAACUUUUAUAACCUCAUCUACUAAAAUCAUUUUUGUAUAUUUCUAAAAUCCAAAUUAAUUUUUGUUUUUAAUUCAAAGAAAUUCAAAUAAUCUUCAACAAAUCCACCAAAAUGGUCAAACUUACACCGGAAUUAAUAAAUCAAUCAAUGCAAUUCAUAAAUCCCUGCCGUGAACGUGAAUUAGAUCUGCGUGGCUAUAAAAUACCACAAAUUGAAAAUAUGGGAGCAACUCUCGAUCAAUUCGAUACAAUUGACUUAUCCGAUAAUGAUUUGCGUAAAUUAGAUGGUUUUCCAUAUCUACCACGAUUAAAAUGUCUUUUAUUAAAUAAUAAUCGAUUAGUUCGAAUCGACGAUUCAGUUCAUGAAUCUUUACCAAAUUUAAAUACAAUCAUAAUGACAGGAAAUAAUAUACAAGAAUUUAGUGAUUUAGAUCCACUCACACAUUUUAAACAAUUACACACGAUUUGUUUAUUGGUCAAUCCAAUAUCAACAAAGCCAUAUUACAGAGAAUAUAUUGCUUACAAGUUUCCUAAUCUUCGUUUAUUGGAUUUUAGAAAAAUCAAAUUAAACGAUAGGAAAAAUGCUCUCGAGUUUUUCCGCUCAAAAAUUGGCAAAGACAUUCUCAAAGAAGUUGCUAAAAAAGCAAAGGUGAAUAAUGUUGCUAUGGCAGAUGGGAAACUUGGCGCGGGAGCAAAUGGAAGCACCAUUGCCAAUCAAGCUGAUAUUCAACGAAUUAGAGAAGCUAUAAGAAAUGCAAAUUCCCUGCAAGAAGUUGAACGUUUGACGCGGAUUCUUCAAUCUGGUCAAUUGCCAGAGAAUUUCUCCUUGGACAAUGGCCGAGGAGAUGCAAUGGAAAUGUAGUUUAAAUCUUAAAUUUAUAAAAAUGUAAAAAAUAAAAGAGAAUUCAAAAA